AUGAUUCAGCUCGAGGAACGAGAUAUACCAGUAAUCCCUGGGGAUAGACUUGAUGAUGAAGAUGCACAAGAGUUACGUUUAAUGGUGGCCGAACUUUUGGGAAGAAGAGGCACUUCUUUCCCUGGCUCACAACCGGUAUCGUUUGAAAGAAAGCAUCUAGAGGAGACAUUAUUGCAAAGAGACUACUUUGUGUGUGAGAAAUCAGAUGGACUUAGGUGUCUUUUGUUUAUCAUCAACGAUCCUGAAAAGGGAGAAGGUGUGUUUUUGAUUACUCGCACAAAUGACUAUUACUACAUCCCCAAUAUUCAUUUCCCGCUUUCGAUUAAGGAGACUCCAAAUAACAUGACAUAUCAUCACGGUACACUUUUAGAUGGCGAAUUAGUAUUGGAGAAUAAGAAUGUCAGUGAGCCAGUUCUUCGAUAUUGUAUAUUCGAUGCGUUGGCAAUAAAUGGGAAAUGUAUAAUUGACCGUCAAUUGCCUAAACGAUUGGGGUAUAUUACAGAAAAUGUCAUGAAACCAUUUGAUCAGUUCAAAAAAACGCAUCCCGAAGUCAUCAACUCGCCCGACUUUCCAUUCAAAGUUGGGUUCAAGUCUAUGUUGACGUCAUAUCAUGCUGAUGAUGUAUUGAGUAAAAUGGACCAGUUGUUUCAUUCGUCUGAUGGACUAAUUUACACUUGUGCUGAAACUCCAUACGUGUUUGGAACUGACCAAACGUUGCUAAAGUGGAAACCAGCAGAAGAAAAUACUGUUGAUUUCCAGCUCGAAUUUGUAUUCAAUCAAUUUCAGGACCCUGACAUGGACGAAAGGGACCCAUCGUCUACUUACACCGAUUACGAUUCGAAGCCGGACUUGAUAAAAUUACGAGUAUGGCAAGGUUCAAAUGUGCAUACGGACUUUACCCGGUUAAAUUUAUCCGAUGACGAUUGGGAGCGUUUGAAAGCACUUGGUGAACCACUUCAGGGCCGUAUUGCGGAAUGCCGUCAGUCCCAGACAAAGAAAGGAUACUGGGAGAUGCUUCGUUUCAGAAACGAUAAAAGCACCGGUAAUCAUAUUAGUGUGGUUGAGAAGAUUUUGUUAAGUAUCAAGGAUGGAGUAAAAGAGAAAGAAGUUGUUGAUAGUUGCAAAAAGAUUCAAUUGGCUUGGAAACGUCGAGAAAUGGAGCGUAAACGUAGGCAUUCCAAUGGUGGACCACCUCACCACAGCCAGCAUCAUUUCAAUGCACACGAUGACCCUCCACCAAAAAGAGUUAGACUCGAUUCAGCAAAAACAGAGCAACAUCAACCCCAACACCACCAACAACAUCAACAACCACUACAGCCUCCAAAUCAAUUGGACGAAAUUCCAACCUACGAAGACAGUGAUGACGAGUAA